AUGCUGCAGCAGAUCCUGCACGACAUGUCCAUCGACCCCGAGCUCCUGGCCGAGCUCAGUGAUGUGCAGAAGCACAUCCUCUUCUACAAGAUGCGAGAGGAGCAGCUGAGGCGCUGGAGGGAUCGGGAAGCUUGGGAGGCCCUGGCCCAGGUGGAGGGCCUCAGGCCCCCAAAGAUCAAGCGAGCAAGUGACAAGCACAUCCAGUGGCUCCUGGGGGCAGAUGGCGAGGUCUGGGUCUGGAUCAUGGGAGAAGGCCCUGGCGACAAGCCCUAUGAAGAGAUCUCUGAGGAGCUGAUUGCAGAGAGGGCGCGGCUGCAGGCACGGAGGGAGGCCGAGGAGCUCUGGCGACAGAAGGAGGCAGAGAUCAGCAAGCGGUUUCGGGACGCGCUGGCCCACGAGAAGGCCCGGAUCCUGGCCGAGAAGUGGAAGGGGGAGAUGGAAGACCGCAAGGCCGCCCAAGCCCUGGAGGAGCGCGUCCGGGAGGAGUUCAAG